AGACAUUGAAACUGCCUUUUGGACUGCAAGAAUUGAUCAUUUUAUCUUGCAAGAGAUAAAUACAGCUAUUCAUAUAGCUAUUUACUUUAUAUAUAUUGUGUCUUUAGGAGGUGUACUUUUAUUACUUUUACCUUUCCUAAGUAAAUCAGUACAAAAAGUUUAUGAG